AUGUUGGCCAAAGUGAGAAUAUCUUUGACCUCUUUGAAAGUUUUGGCCAGAGGAUUGCCUGCUUGUUAUAACCCACAGGCUGUGAUAAGGGUGACACCAGCCCACUGCUCCCAUCAGCACCGGACCUUCACCACUGAGUCUGCAAGUGUCAGGGUGCUGUACGAUGGACUCUGUCCGAUAUGUGUGACAGAGAUCCGUUUCCUCCAGUAUCUGCAGAAGAAUCGGCCCGGGAAAGUGGACUUCAUCGAUAUCUCCCUCCCGGAUUAUGAUGGAGAAAAAUACAAGGGAGUCAGCUACGAGAUGGCCAUGGAUGAGAUGCACGUGAUUGACGAGAAGGAUAAGGUUCAUCGUGGGGUUCCAGCAUUUGCAGUCAUGUACGGUGCAGUGGGCCUUGGCUGGUUGGGUCGCUUCAUGAUGUGGUCACCCGUGAGGCCAUUUAUGGACAAAUCUUACGCCAUAUUUGCCAGGAAUCGGCUGAAGUGGACAGGACGUGGGGACGAGUGCACAACAGGACGCUGUGUAAAGAAAACACAUUGA